GCUCAAGGUCACGGCGUGGUUCAGAGUGUGACUGUUAACCUUCUGACUGUCUGCUUGGGAGGAUUGUUGGAAUCCCUGCAGAUAGAUAUUUGAUCUCAUCUUGUUGGGAAUAUUUGUAUUGAUUCUCAGCGCGCAACUUUGCGUUAGAGAAACUUCUGACUGCAUAGCACAGGCUCUACCGUUUGAGGUAUUUUUUAUUUUUGAUGUAAUUUGUUCUGUUUUCUAAAUUAGAACCGUUUAUAUUGAGCAUACAAUUUGUGUUUUGAUAUAAUAUAAUACGAGUAUCUCAAAAACGCGUUGUUCGCUAUACAGAGGAACGUGGUCUGAUCUAAUCAAAUAAAUUUUGGGUCCGUCAGUCCGUUGUUCCAAGCGAAUAUCGGCUGUUCGGUCGCUACACUAGGAGAAUAUAAUUCUUAUCCACGACGUGUUAAUGAAAGAACUGCAGCUAAUUCCUAUAUUAGCUCGAAACUGAGCUUAUAUCAAGAAGUCAACUUGCGAAAUUAGGUUGUUUUUUGUUUUGUUAGAAGAAACUUCUCAAUCGAUUCAGUUUCUAUUUUACCACGUAUACAAAACUUAUAUUAUUUCCUGAUGCCAUUAUAAGAUACUGUAUUACAUAUCUUCAUAAAAAGGACAUCAAACAAUGUUAUCUAGCUGUUUUUCUAGGUUUUGAAAUUGCUUAUAAGGGAUAUAGUACUCUGAAUACAUCAAAUGAUCCGGAUGAGUUUUAGAAUCGACCAAAAUAAGGUCUUCUUAAAACCAUAUCACCGAGAGCUCUAUCCACAGAAUUGUCGACAUUGAAACUGAACACUAGAUAAGCUUGUCAAACCCGAUGCAUCUGGUUAAGGACAAUCCCCCUGUCCCGGAAUCCGCUCACCCUGCUACACUGAGAGAAGCGGAUUCGAUCGUGGCUACAUCCCUAAGUAUGAUAUUUUCAUGUUCGCUUAGUCAUGCGGCGGUCCCAGACAACUGGAAGCUGGAAUAUAUCACAAAAAUUUUGAAAUAAAGCCGGCUCAAUGUCUUUUUGAGCAAUCGGCUGGUAGUGCUUCUUUCAAUACGCUGAAAAGUAAUUGGAUCUUUGACAUAGGAUGGUUUACGUAACUACUUGUAUUAGGCAAGUUUCUUUUCGCUCCCCCCACAACACAGCUUCAAUGACGGUUACUUCUGCAUCAUCAGUCUGCUGAACGGGGUGGUAAAUAUCCCUCGUUUUAUCGAUAGAAGAACCCAGACUUGUAGUGAAUAGGUCAUUGCUUUGAUCAUGGAACAGAGCGGAUGAGGUACGUGGUUACCUUUCUUCAAAUCCACAAGGCUUUUCAACUAUAAGAUAAUAGAAAAUAUAAUGCCUAUACAAAAUAAGGGAGAAAAUGGAUGCUUAAGCUAUGUUUUAAUAUCAAUAAAAUGUUUGCAGUCAACUCUUAACCAAUCGAUCUAAUUUAUUACAAAUAAUUGAACAGCCACCAUCAAUUGAAAGGGUAGAGCGGAUGUGAUAUACCUUGACUUCUUUAAAGUCUUUGGUAGAGUCAAACAUUCAUGACUCAUAAACAAACUUAAGUUGUUAGUUAUCAAGCCACAACUGAUGGAUUGGUUUAAUUCAUAUCGAACUUGUUGAGUCUGAAAGUAAGAGUGAACUUUGUUUCUUCUCAAUCUACAGAACGUAAAGUCCUCCAAGAUUCAGUACCAAAAACUUUUUAAUUUAUAUAAAUUACACUCAUCAACAGGAAUCGUCUGUUGUAAUAAUUUUCACCGGCGAUGUGAAACUUUAGAGAGAAGGUUCUAACCAGAAUAAUGAGCUGAUACUUCAAGAGGAUCUGACUGGACUUCAAGUUUGGGUAGUUAACUACAGACUUUCAACACCUGAAGGUAUGAAAUAGUCCAUUUCAGAAAUGUUAUGAACUAUACAUACACUUUGGGGAAUCCCCUUUAGAGAUGUCCCAAUUUGCAACAGAUUUCGGUGUCUUAGUUAUAGAAAGCACCUUCAAUAACUUGAUAUCUACCCACACAGUACAGGCCACUGAGAAGUGAUACUCUAAUGACUUAUAGGAUCCUAAGCACUCCUGGUUAUCCCAGGAAGUACUUACUUAAGCUCACUUUCGACACAUGACAAACUGUGUAGUGGGAAUACCUUCUAUCUUUUGCAAUUGGUCGAACUCUGGAACUCAUAGAUGGUCGAGGUUGUAUAAGCACCGUCACAGGAGUCCUUCGUGAGAAAACUCAGUAUAUUCGUAAGAAUUCAGAACAGCAUUUCCUUUCUACUAACUGCAUCUUUGCACUUGCUUGUCAAAUAUACUACAGUCCGUACCUGGACGCAUCGGCGCCGCACUGCUAUGAAACUACUUAUAUUCUUGUACAACCAUUUGGACCAUUUAAACUUCUUGAUUAUCCACACACAUACUCACCAACGCACCCUGACUACUCAAAAUGGAAUUACACAGGAAAAAUUAUGUUGAAGACAGCCAUAUUGCGACACGUUCACUUACCGGUCGCGCCUCCAUAAAAACUUCGGAUUUACAUUAUGGUUCUCGAUUUAUUGAAGAAAUGUUUUUCUUUUUCCUCUGUCAGUACAUUUUCGAAAAAUAUCGACUUUUCUUCGCAACAAAGCUAUGGUUAUAUAGAGAUGCAAAGCUUGUGCUUACCCAUAAUAUCGAUGUUGGAUAAUGGUCAUUGAAGAUGAGAUGACCUUGCGCUAGCUUAAUUAUUGGGCGCCUAAUUGUAUUUCGCAAUGUUACCCGUGACACUCCUCAAGGCUGCAACGAAUCUUCCUAUGCUUGUUGAGUUGAAAAGUGGUGAAACUUAUAACGGUCACCUUGUUGCUUGCGAUGACUGGAUGAACAUUCAUCUUAAAGAAGUUAUUUGUACAUCUCGAGAUGGGGAUCGCUUCUGGAAAAUGCCAGAGUGUUAUAUUCGUGGAAGCAUAAUAAAAUAUUUACGGAUUCCAGACGACGUAAUCGAUAAGGUUAAAGAGGACUUGCAGCUAGCCAAAAUGCGUAAUCGCUCUCAGUCUGCAGACACUGGGCGUGGGAGUUUUCAUAGAAAUAAGGCUAGAGGUCGGGGUGGUAAUGCUCCUAAUACUCGAGGUCGUGGAGGAGCAGGGCGUGGCGGGAGUGUACCUGGUGGUCCUGGUCGUGGUGGAGGAUUUCGUGGUAAAUAAGAAAGUCACUAAUUAUGAAUCUAAAUGUACUGUUUACUAUUUUGUGAACAUUGACAAACUCAAUUAUUUUCUUUCACAGUGUUAUAUAAAACAGAUAAUUUUAACUACAAAAACAUUACUUUCC